AAACAUCGGCGAGCUUGCUUCUCCCGCGAAUAAGUCGACGUUAUCGAACCGGCUAGAGCGAUCGAUCGAUCGAUCGCUAACCCCCGGGCAUGAUCGGUGACGGUGUACCCCGAUCGAUCCGCGUGGUGCGACGACUGCCGCGAAUCGACAUCGUUGAUUAUCGCUCGCGCUCGUCCAUCCAUUAAGGACAGGAACUCAGGUCCAGGGACAUUCGGGCUAACUUUAGCCUUUAGCCGGGUCCCGCGCAUCGUAUACCGAUGUCUCGCGACGUCGAGACAUAACGAGCCGACGGCUACCAGCCUGGCCAGCCGCUUUUGCCCGCGGAAAAUAAAACAGUGCUCUGGCCGCCAUCCGGCCGCAUGGAUAAGCCGAUAAUCGCGUGAUCGGACGCGUAAUCUUCGCGUUCCGAUUGCCGUCGUGGAUCAUUUUGAUAUCGAAAACCCGAAAGGAGAGAAAGAGGAAAGGGGAAGAGAGAGAGAGAGAGAGAGAGAUAGAGAGAGAGCGACGUCGCAUUCACGUGUGAAGAGAGCGUUUACUACGUCUCUCAGUGGAAUAGAGUGACGCGUGGGUGGCCCAGCCCCCUCUCAAGAUCACGUAAUCGUCGUCUGUCUUCCCCGGGUGACGUCACCGACACCAAGAAUCAUUUCCGUGCUUACAACAGACUGCUGAAGCCACGAAAUUGUCUCGUGCGAAUGGUCCGUUCGGACGAUGCUUUCAGAAAAGAAAAUACUCGAGUACUGACGGAUCCUUGAAAAGAUGCAAGCAAAUAUCCGAGAGAGAGUUACCUGAGGUAAAAUUCCUCGCGAAUCUCUCUCUUUCUUUAUUUAGUAAGAAGUCAAGUAAGAAGUCUUGCAUACCUCGAAUUCGUCUAACGUCAUAUGUUCCCUCGGGAAAACAUUGACACCGAUCAGCAAGAUCUCCCGAGAAUCAUGGACAAAGUAGAAGACAAGUGUUGCAAUCGGGUCUUCGCAUUCACAUGUCGUCUGCCAAGUUGUUCUGCAUCGAGCGGAAUACAGAGCUAAUCUUGUGCGUUACAAAUGUAACUAUUUUCGAGAAAAAGAGAGAGAGAGAGAGAGAGAGAGAGAGAGAGAGAGAGAGAAGCUCUACGAAAGUUCUCGGGAGAAUUGAUGAGAAGACGCGUCUUGAAAUUGUGAUACCUACAUUCGAAGAAAGACGUAGGAAUCAUUUUAAAAGCUCACAAUUUCUGCUGAUUCGACUCUUUCUCUUUUUCCCUAUACGUGAGAUCAUUCGUCAGAAAUGAUCAUCGAGACAGAAAGAAAUUAACAAAUCGUCGUGAUAUGAAUUAUCGCGCGAUUUUUGCGAACGGCAAAUUUUUUCCGUACAACUUUCCAAAUUUUUCUGAAAAUAAUUCAGUUUGUUAUAUAAGGAUUUCCUCCGAUAUCGGAUUUUAGUCAGUAAAGUUAGUGAGAUGUGCAAUCUGAUGAAAAGUGAAGAAUUAGAUUUGAAAUGCUGCCAGAGCGUAAUUAUUUAUAGCUAAUUGAAAGAUACGAGGGCAGUAAUUUGGAUUAUGCAACAAGACACUGUAAUAGAUAUAUCGAUAUAAAAGCAAGAUAUUUAUAACCGAUAUAAACAAGAUUAUAAGGCCCACAAUUUCUGAAGAAAAAAAAUGUACGAUACAAAUUUGUUGACGAUGAAUCCAUGUGCGAAGAGAUUGAAUCCAUAAGGUAACUCGAAUCAUUCUCACUCAUUAAUUACCUCGAUCGAAGAUGGGUUUAUUGUUAUCGGUGCUGGUGGGCUGUGUCGGGGUUUUGGAACUCCUGGCGUGUCUGCGACACGCGUCCGAUGGCGUGGUGAUCAGCAUCAAUCCGCCGACACCCUGUCUCUCCUAUCACGAGCCGGCAAACAACGACGUUCAGAGCAUCCACGACUCGUUGUGCAGCAUCAGCCACUCGAUCGACGUGCGAUUUCCUCGCAGCGUGAAGCACAAGCUCGAGAAUCUGCACGAGUACAGUCUGAGGGUGCGAAGCGAGCUUCGGUCCUUGGACAAAAGCUUCGACGGCCGAAGCACGCUCUCGGAGUGCAGCAGCAGGUAUUUGUUCGGAGGCUCGAAGCCGGACUCGAGACUCAGCCCGGAUUUGAAUUAUCUCGUCGAGGAGAGCGACGAAGCGUGGCCCGACCACGUCGAUCGACACGAUUACAACGAUGACGAUUUUAUCGAAACGAAGAGGUCUUUGGAGGCGAUCAAUGCGGAGAUCAGAGAAAGUUUGCAGCAAGUCGCGCGAUCAUUGGCCCCGUCGGAGCCGGAGAAGUAUGUCAGAGUACCGACGCCGAUCCCGUUCGCCCACGACGGGAAAGAGAUGUCAGUCUCCUCGAGCGAGGUGGACACAUCCUUCGACCAGGACUCGGGCAACGAAGCGCCCACCAUGAGGUCCUUCGACGGUCCGCCGGUGAUUACCAAGUACAAGGACUCGCAGUCGGCUUCGUCGGUCGACGAGUCCGAGCACGAGGAGAGGGAGACCAAACGAAGAACCCAGCGAAAAUCUCCCUCGAGAUCUCCGGAUCCUUCCAAGAGGUCAAAAAGCGCCGACGUUUCCGAGGAAAUGCCAAAGCUCCUCAACGAACUCCCGAAAGUCGACUCGGCAGUCGGUCCAGGUGUCCAGGAGGAGAAGGCUUUCGUCAGCCAGAAGAAACCCAAGUCUGGAAAAUCCUCGACGACGAUUCUGAGAAAACCCACUAGGCUGAAGUCGAGGAACGCGGAGAUCAGCAAGUCGGCGGAGAAUUUGAGCACGAAGAAGUCAAAGAGAAGCCGCGAUCCUGAACGUCGCAAAUCCGACAUAUCCGUGCAAACGAUGCGCGAUUUGUUGAGGGAUAUGUCGACGAACACGUCGCCGACCAACAGUCCGCAGCUGUCGAGGUCGGAGAGCAAGAAGAGCGUUUCCGUGGAAGUGCAGACGAUGUUGGAGGACAUGCUGUCGGAAGAUGAAGUUCUGGCGGAAUUGGAGAACAACGUCGUCGGGCUGUCCGAAAGCAGGAGGGAUCUGUCCUUUCGUGGCGGCUCCGCCAGAAAAUCCUUCAAAAGCAAAAGAUUUCGGUCCAACUCGAGGGACAAGUCGUCGGACGAUCAGGAUAGACAGGCUUACACGGCGACCAAUGCUGUCAUCACCUCCGUGGAGAAAUCGCGAAGGAACGAGAAGACGUUGAAAGUGUCCAGCUUCGAAGAUGCCAGCGAGGAGGACUACGAGAGAAUCAGGAACGUUAUUUUCGAUUCCUCGAAAGAAUCGAACGGCUGCUUGCGUGGGAAGCGGAGGGAGGAUUCGAGAUCAAUGUCAUCGUUCGAGGCGGACGAUGACGAGUUUGAGGACGCGGAGGAUUUGAUUUUCAGUGGCGAAUACACAAAGGCGAUGAACAAGGACUGGCAUAGCGGCCAUUUCUGUUGCUGGCAGUGCGAUGAAUCCCUAACAGGACAGCGUUAUGUUCUCAGAGACGAGCAUCCCUACUGCAUUAAGUGCUACGAGAGUGUAUUUGCCAAUGGCUGCGAAGAAUGUAACAAAAUCAUCGGAAUCGACUCCAAGGAUUUGUCGUAUAAGGACAAGCACUGGCAUGAAGCCUGCUUCCUCUGCAACAGGUGCAGAGUGUCUUUGGUGGACAAACAGUUUGGUAGCAAGGUGGACAAGAUCUAUUGCGGCAACUGCUACGACGCCCAGUUCGCCAGCCGUUGCGAUGGAUGCGGCGAGAUCUUCCGUGCUGGCACUAAGAAGAUGGAAUAUAAGACCAGACAAUGGCACGAGAAGUGUUUCUGCUGUGUGGUCUGCAAGAAUCCGAUCGGCACAAAGAGUUUCAUCCCGCGCGAACAGGAGAUUUACUGUGCCGGAUGUUAUGAGGACAAAUUCGCCACCCGGUGUGUUAAGUGCAACAAGAUUAUCACCAGCGGCGGCGUGACAUAUAAGAACGAGCCGUGGCACAGAGAUUGCUUCACUUGCAGCAACUGCAACAACUCCCUGGCGGGACAGCGAUUCACAUCGCGCGAUGACAAACCCUAUUGUGCCGAAUGCUUCGGCGAGCUUUUCGCCAAAAGGUGCACCGCUUGCUCCAAACCAAUUACCGGUAUUGGCGGCACUCGUUUCAUCUCAUUCGAGGAUAGACACUGGCAUAAUGAUUGUUUCAUCUGCGCGGGCUGCAAAACCUCGCUGGUCGGACGUGGUUUCAUCACCGAUGGCGACGACAUUAUCUGUCCCGAAUGCGCCAAAUUGAAAUUGAUGUAAAGCGCGACUUCACACGACGACGAGGAUGACAACGGGAUCGACGGAAAGAAGCUGGAGAAAAGAAAGAACGGGGGACUUCCGGAACGGAGAAUCCAUACAGUCAAAAGCGGAUUCUGUUAUACGCCAUAAAUGAACAAAAUCCGUCGUCGCGAUUUUAUUAGUUGACAAUUCGGACUCGAAACGAACGCAGCAUGCAGACGAUAAAAAAAUUUUAUAAAAUCAUAUCAAGACACAAGAUUGCGGAAAAAUUUAAUAAAAAUUAUGAAUAAUAAAGAAGAGCUCGCAUUACAGAGCCGAGAUCAAUUUUAUUACAAACAAUCGGCGUACUUUGACGAAACUUUUCGCGCCGAUGUUUUUUUUUUUUUUUUUAAGAGAAAAAUAAAGAUCAGAAAUCCUCUGACCAAGUUCUCGUCUUGGUCAGUAUAGUGAUUUUACGAAUGGCGUCGAUUUAUCGAAAAAAGACGGCGCGAGAGAACACGAGAUCAUUUCUAGCUUUGUAGUUAUAGCGACAUUAGUCUUCGUUAUUUCGUUCUACGUGUGUUUGUGGAAAGAGCACUGACACGUGUGUCUUUCUAUGUUUGAGAUGAUUUGCUCGAUCAUCCCGUUGAAAUAUCGAAGAGUGAAAGAAAUAAGUAUCGAAAAGAAAAAGAAAUACGUAACCAGCGAGCUCGAAUGAAAGAGAAAUCAAAUCGCUUUACUGUAAUAAAAUGAUUAUCAAUAUAAACGGUUAGGAUGAUAAAUAAACCUAAUCGUUCCGCAUACGUGCUCUCGUGAUGUUACUAAUAUCAUUUUUGCUUUGUACAAUUGUAGAGAGAUAUGCGCAUGUGCGCACAAAAAGAGAGUCUUAUAUAGCGUAUGUGUAUGUGUGUGUAAUUUACAUUUUUUUGUGCGAAAAACACAACGGUUUAAUACAUACACGUACAUACACGUUACACAUUUACAUUUUAUCCAAUUGAUAUCACAUCUUUUUCUCUCUUUUCCUUUCUGUAUAAUACUAGUAUACAUCUAUCAAAAUAGGAAAAAAUAACAUCUCAAUAUAUUAUAGUAUAUCUAUUAUUAAUUUAUAAAUAAAACUCAUCGAAAAAUGAGUUUCUAAAAAUGUGGUCUAAUGAUUAAUUUGUCGUAUUUUUAAAUAAUAUUUGCAAAGAAAUCUCGCUAUUUCUAGAUUUGAAUAACAAAAUUAUUUAACGUUCGAAAAAUCGCGUAGAUCUUUUUAUCAUAAAAAUUGUUAAUUUUUUGUUAAUUUUCCAUGUGUUGACAAAGUGAUAAUGCACGUGCUGUUAAUCACGGCGAGAUGCAAAAUGUACGUAAAUUCGUAUUAUCGCUCAACAAUAUUCUAGCUAUCUUUUCUUCUCUAGCUUUCUCCUAUUUUCUUCUUGUUUUCCCCUUUUUCAUUGAAAAAAGCAAGCGCAUAUCGUAGAGAUUCAUCAUUGUCCUGUAUAAAACACACGCACGCGCUCACCCACACAUAUACACACACACAUACAUGCAAACACACACACACACACACACACACAUUACACACAUACAUCAAUACUCGAAAUUUUUCGUAAUAGUAUAUUAUUUUAUUAAAAAAAAAAAAAAGCAAAAACGAUAGAAAACGCACACAUAUACAUACACAUGACAUGUAUACAACAUACAUACAUAACACACGCGUACGAGUGUGCGGCGGACGCACUCGCGGAAACACUAAUUGUGGCCUUAUCCGCAUCGAGUACCAUAGAAGUAAAAAAAAAAAAAAAAAAAAAGAAACUAACGUCUUACAAUAAUUUACUUCGUUACAGGAUACUUAAUAUCAAAUUUAUUGUUAUAUAACGCAAAUGAAAGUAAGUGUAACGCUGCGCGCGAUCAAGUCUAUAAACGCGGAACUACGAGACAAAUUUGAAACGUUCGAAUUUUUAAUCGCGACCAAUAUAAGUCACACACGUGCUAUAAUAUAUAUGUAUGUUCCGACGAAGUCACUUACACACUAAUCGCCUUAAUUAAUAAACGAUAAGAAAAGAUUAUUCUAUAUUCAGCGUAUCCUAUACACACUGUUACAUUGUAAAAUUGAUAAAUAAAUAAAUGUAAUUAUUUA